AUGGGUUUUAAAGAACUAAGGGCUUUUAAUCUAGCUAUGCUGGGUAAACAGGCAUGGCGUUUUUUAACGGACCCAGGAUCACUUGUAGCUAAAGUUUAUAAGGCAAGGUAUUAUCCCACGACCAGUUUUACAGAUGCAACUAUUGGUAAUUGCCCAAGUUACUGCUGGAGAAGUAUAAUGGCAGCUCAUGCAAUGGUAGUCUCAGGGGUGCGAAGGAGAAUUGGGAAUGGGCAAACAACUUUAAUAUGGGGACAUCCGUGGUUACGAGAUAAUCCUAGCCCAUUGAUUCAAACAGAAAUGCCACAGCAAUUGAGAGAAGCGCGAGUUGCAGGAUUAAUUGAUUUACAGACUCAUACCUGGGAUCCACAUAUUUUGUUUGACUUAUUUAUUCCUGAAGAUGUGGAGCGAAUAAAUAUGAUCCCUGUGAGUCCUGAGUAUGAGGACUCAUGGUAUUGGAUGAGUGACCCCAAGGGGAUAUAUACAGUAAAAAAUGCCUAUAGGCAUAUUGUGGGUGAUUAUGAGAAUAAUCCAGCAGAUUUUGAUAAAUGGGUUGCAAUGUGGAAAAUAAAAGUCCCCCAAGUGGAAAACUUUCUUGUGGAGAGCCAUAUGUGA